AUGGGAACAGGUGACAGAUUGCUAGACAUACCGUGCAAAGUGUGCGGAGAUCGGAGCUCAGGCAAACACUACGGAAUCUACAGUUGCGAUGGUUGUUCCGGGUUCUUCAAGCGCAGCAUACAUCGAAACCGAGUGUACACGUGUAAGGCGGCCGGUGAGCUAAAGGGCCGCUGCCCGGUCGACAAAACCCAUCGUAACCAGUGCCGCGCCUGUCGGCUUUCCAAGUGCUUCCAAUCGGCGAUGAACAAGGACGCGGUUCAACACGAACGUGGCCCGCGGAAACCGAAGCUUCAGCACCUGCAGGCGAACGGAGGUCACCCGGGACAUUCGCAUCUGUCCGGUCCGUUCGUGAACAGUGCAUCCUACGGGCACGCGAUGUCUCACUUCCCACCCGGACUGCACCAUUCGGCCAUGACCGGUUCGAACACGCUACUGCACCAUCCGCAACCGCUCUCAUUCGCCCCGCUUGGCCAUCACAUGGGACCUUCGUUAUUACCGCCAGUGAAGCUGGAACAGAGCAAGUUCGAAUUCACACUCGGUGCUCCAAACCGUGGCGACGGUAAUGGUGGUAUCGGGCCGGGACAAAUGCCGGGAGCGAACAUCCUGUCACCGAUCAAGAUGGAACACGGCAAAAUGACGUCCGUCGGUGGGUUCGAAUUCACCGCGGCCGGGCACAUGCAGCACAUGUACAAGUCGCUGGAACCGAUGCCCCCAUCGCCGACCGAUUCGAAGAGCUCGAUCAGCGUUGACUCACCGUCCGAAAGUCUCACCAGCCCACACUCCACGGUGGACGGUAGCUCGAGUGUUCUUAGCCCAACACCGAUCAACGCCACCAGUCUUAGCCUUCCGUCGCCACUGUCCCAGAACGGUGUGCUCGACAUACUCAUGAGCACGGACAAGUGUCAAGAGUUCAUCCAGUACCAGAUGCACAACAGCAGUAUCGCAUUCCCUGCGUUUACACCUGUCAGUAGCGCCUCCAGCGGUGUUGUGACGCCAACAUCGGCCCAGCACGUGCCACCGUCCGUGCCACCACCGUCCACAACAACGGGAUCUGCACAACCUCCGCCACCACCACCACCGCCACUUGUUCCACAUCCGAUCGCACUAACUGCGUUACCGCCCGAGGGUCCAACCAUUGUGCGACUUCCCACCUGGGAGAUCCUUCAGGAAACAACGGCCCGAUUGCUGUUCAUGUCCGUACGAUGGGUACGGUGCUUAAUUCCAUUCCAAACGCUCUCCAAAAAUGAUCAACAUUUACUCCUGCAGGAAUCAUGGAAAGAACUGUUCCUGCUUAACUUUGCCCAAUGGAGUGUCCCGUGGGAUCUGAGCAGCCUGCUCGAUUCACCACAGGUGCGCGAUCGUUUGCCUCCGGAUGCGGCUACUCAGCUGGAGAUGAAGACGAUGCAAGAGAUACUCUGCCGGUUUCGACAGAUCUCGCCCGAUCUCAGUGAGCUGGGUUGUAUGAAGGCGGUGAUCCUGUUCUCACCGGAAACGUCCGAACUGUGUGACGUACAGCCGGUCGAGAUGCUACAGGACCAGGCCCAGUGUGUCCUUUCCGAGCAUGUGCGCGUACGCUAUCCUCGCCAGCCGACCCGAUUCGGACGCCUUCUGCUACUGCUGCCCCUAUUACGCACGAUCCGUUCCACCACCAUCGAGACACUGUUCUUCAAGGAAACGAUCGGUACCGUACCCAUCUCCCGGCUGCUGAUCGACAUGUACCAGAUGGAAAAGUAUACCGACCUGGAGGGAGGUGGCACUGGAGCACCGACGCCAAACGGUGCCGUAACCCCGAAGGCAUAA